GUCUCCUCAUAUCCGGGUUCGGUGAUUAUCUUGGAAGUUUCGGUAUUACAACUAUGACGUCCGUACACGUCUAGGUAUCUGCUUAACCGUUAAAGGAAGGUAGGAGGAUCUGCGGCCUGCCUAUCGUAAUGCGGCCGUAUCAUGCACGGUGCAGACAAGCUGCCAUGACUACAAAUAAGAUGCCUGGAAUGGAGCGGAUUUUGACCCAGUUUGCGGACUGGAAUUGGCUUCGGACGCUUCAGAAACGGCUCAGCUCUACACCUCAAGUAUCAGUUCACGACAAAGCUCAGUAUGCUAAAGCUCUACGCUACUCUGCCUUUGUUGGUGGCCAGCCUUACUGCAGCACAAUUUGUCCCAGCACCGACCGAUCUCACGACCAAGGAAGGGUACGCUGGUAUUAACGUGCGGUACAAGCAGGUCCCAGAGGGUAUCUGCGAGCUUGAUCCCAACGUAAAGAGCUACUCUGGAUACGCAGACGUUGGCAAAGAUCAGCAUGUCUUCUGGUGGUUCUUUGAGGCGCGCAAUCAGGAUCCAAGUGAAGCUCCAUUGACCGUCUGGAUCAAUGGCGGACCUGGAAGCUCCUCGAUGAUUGGACUCUUCCAGGAGUUGGGGCCUUGCGGCGUUGGACCAGAUCUGAAGCCGUUUAACAACCCGUACUCGUGGUCAAACGCUAGCAAUAUGCUUUUCAUAGACCAACCUACACAAGUUGGCUUCUCAUACUCGGUUCCCAUUCCCGGUUACAUGGACAACAGCGGCGACAUCAUCCAACUCCCGGAUGCAACUUGCCCUGACUAUGCGGAGGCCUACGGUACAUGCGGAACCUACUCAAAGCCCGACCUCACUUUGACAGCCAAUACCACCCAAGGGGCCGCGCCAAAUAUGUGGAAAACGCUACAGGGUUUCAUGGGUGCUUUCCCUCAGUACUCGCGCAAUGGGUUCAACUUCGCGACUGAAAGUUACGGCGGUCACUAUGCACCAGUGUUCAAUGCCUACUUCCUUGACCAGAACGCGAAGAACAUCACUGGCGCGCACAAGAUCGAUCUCGAGAACGUCUUGAUUGGCAACGGUUGGCUCGACCCGCUCAUCCAGUAUCAAGCAUACUACAACUACUCCGUCUUCCCCGGUAACACCUACGAUUACGAUCCGUAUAAUGCCUCGGUCAAGGCCGAAUGGUACAACAACAUGUACGGAGCGAACAACUGCUAUGACAUGACCAAGCAAUGCUACGCCACUGGUGAGAAUGCAGUCUGUUCCCGGGCAGACAACUUCUGCGCCACCACGGUCGAAAAUCUGUACGACAUUUACAGUGGGCGAGAUGAGUACGACAUGCGCUACCUGACACCGGCUCCAUUCCCAUACAGCUACUUUCCCCAAUACUUGAACACGCCUGCAGUCCAGACAGCCAUUGGAGCAUACCAGAAUUUCUCGACAGGCUCUGGCGCUGUGUCUUCUGCCUUUGGCAGCACCGGCGACGACGAUCGUGAGUCUGGCACAAUCGAGGCCUGCCAGAAAUUGCUUGCCGCUGGUGUCCAGGUCAUGCUCUACUAUGGGGAUGCUGACUUCAACUGCAACUGGCUUGGUGGGCAGGGUGUCGCAGAUGAGAUUGCAGCACCCGGUUAUGACACUGCAGGCUUCGUCAACAUCUCCACAUCCGACAAGAUCGUUCACGGUCAGGUCAAGCAGUCCGGACUUUUCUCCUUCGUCCGUAUCUACGAGUCAGGCCACGAAGUGCCGUUUUACCAGCCUUUGGCAUCGCUUGAGAUUUUCCAGCGCGCGUUGAAGCAGGUCGACAUUGCUACAGGCCAGUACAAGGUCGAUGUUGGGUACAAGACAGUUGGUACACCAACAAGUACGUAUCGCGAAGGUAAUGGAACCAUCCAAUUUGACGUCACGCCGGCGAACGCGACUUACAACACUAUGCUCAAUGCUCCAGACCCAGAGCCAACAUGGGCUGUGGAUGCUGCAGCAAAGUCCAAGGUGAAGCGGUCGAGGGCUAGAGAAGGCCGACCAAGCAUGGCGCUGCUCAGAAGGCGAUCUACAUGAAGAUCAGCGCUACAUGACCCAUAGCCACAUUUUGAUAGUUGACCACAGAUAAUGCAACAUGCGUUUCAGAUAUAA